GAACGAGGUGACGUCGCAGGACAACAAAGAUGGCAGGAAUAGGAGGCAGCAACUACUGGGAAGAUCUGCGAAAGCAGGCCCGGCAGUUGGAGACGGAGCUGGACCUGAAGUUGGUCUCCUUCAGUAAACUGUGCACCAGCUACAGCAGCUCCAGGGACGGCCGUCGAGGAGACGCCACGUCGGACACCACCCCACUGCUCAACAAUUCUACCCAGGACCGGAUGUUUGACACCAUGUCGGUGGAGAUCGAACAGCUGCUGGCCAAACUGACUUUAGUGAACGACAAGAUGGCGGAGUACACCAACACGCCGGGCACAGCGUCCCUCAAUGCCGCCAUCAUGCACACGCUCCAGAGACACAGAGACAUCCUACAGGAUUACACGCAGGAAUUCCACAAAACCAAAGGCAACUUCCUGGCCAUCCGGGAAAGGGAAGACCUGCUCGGUUCCGUCAGGAAGGACAUCGAGUCUUACAAGAGCGGCUCCGGGGUCAACAACAGAAGAACAGAUAUGUUUCUAAAGGAGCACGAGCAUCUGAGAAAUUCGGACCGACUGAUGGACGACACCAUAAGUAUUGCCAUGGCGACCAAGGAGAACAUGACCUCCCAACGGGGCUUCUUGAAAUCCAUACAGGGCAGGGUCAACACGCUGGCCAAUCGUUUCCCGACCAUCAACAACCUCAUCCAGCACGUCAACCUGCGGAAGAGGAGGGACUCCCUCAUCCUGGGCUCGGUGAUCGGCGUCUGCACCAUCAUCCUCCUGCUCUACGCUUUUCACUGAACCUGUGAAACCUGUUUGUUUUUCUUCUUCUUUUUUUUAACGUAACGUGGGAAUCGAACCCCCGACUGGACCGAGCUCGGUUAAAAAAACAAAACAUCGGAGAACCCUGGGGUGCUCCGGAGCAGAAAGACAUGUCAGUUGGUCCAGUUUCCUGGACGCCAACGUGAACUACUGGACUUGCACCCGGCAGCGGGACCGACGGAGGGAUCGCAGACCAAAAAGUUGUAUAUGACUAGAUUUUAAUAAUCAAUAAUAUUGAUCAUUUCACCGGGGGGAGGAGCCGAGGGCAACGUGUUAAAGCGAUGGAGGACGCGUGACGCAGCCUUCUUUUUAGUUAAAUUUGGGGGUUUUUCGAUGGAAGUGGGGCGGUGGCUUCGUUGUGAAUUGUAAAAAUGUGAAUUAAUAAAUUAUUCAUUUCAAA